CAUAAAGAAGUGUCACGUGUCACAUAUGUUUUGAGUUUGUCACGUAUUUAUUAAUUAUCUAUAAAAUUGAUGCUUUUUAUCAAUAAUUUUUAACAAAAAUGAGUGGUAGAUACAGAGAAAGCAGUUUAAAUGGUUCCCAAAUAAGGAAGAAGGAAAGAUCGAGGUCUCGAUCACGCUCGCCUCGAAGAUACGACAAGUACGUAAAAAAAGAAAUCAAAGAAGAACCCAGCCAAUCUUCUAAACCCAUAGAGAAUGUGGGAUUGGGGGCUAAGAAUAGACUGAAAAGCGUUAGUAUCCAGAUGAAACUGGGCGAAGUAAAGAAAGAGCCUCUUGCUAAGCCAAAGCUAAGCGUAGCAAAUGUCUUUAAUCAGGAUAGUGAUAGUGAACCCGAAGAAAUGCCUCCACAAGCUAGAAUGAGGAUGAGGAACAUUGGAAGGGACACUCCUACAUCUUCUGGUCCAAAUUCGUUUGGUAAAACGAAGCAGGGCUUUUCUGACGCGAAAAAAUUGUUUGAAAAAACUUUGAAAGAAGCCAUGGAGAGUGCAAGACAGGAUGAUUAAUAAUUAUUACCUAUUUGUAGAUUAGUUAAUUUAAUUUUUAUGAAUUCAAUUUAUCACAUUUUUAUCAUAAUUUAAAAAUAUUUAUAUGCAUGAUUAGCCAAAAAAUGAAUAAUUAGAGAAGAAUCAUUGGAAUGAUGAUUAGUGUGAAUUGUGUUUGGUAAACACAUAUCUUGUACAAUGUACAAUUUGAUAAAAUGUAGUAAUAUAUUUAAAUUUGCAUGGGAUAUGUGAAUUGUAAGGAAAUGUAAUUGAAGUCUGAAAAACAAAAUAUUUAUUGUUGAAAAAUUAUGCAAGCCAAACUUAAAUGGGGAUAAAAUCUGUUGAUCUUGCUGGCUUAUUUAUUGUUAAUAAUUUAAAAUAUCUGUAUGGGUUAUAAAAUAAGAGUAUUCUUAAUACUUUGGUUUUUAGUUGUAUCCCCCAUAUAUUGUAGACAAUAUAUGUUCUGUAACGUAAAGUGUAAAUAGUUUAAUUGUCAAGCGACUUAAAUAAAAUAAAACA